AUGCCGAAACACCUUAAGGCCGUCCUCAAGGGUAAGCGGCUUUUGGUCUUCGGCGAGAUGCUCGUCGCAUGUGGCUAUGGCGACUCUUCAAUUGCGUCCGAAAUUGGGGAGGGCUUCGACUUGACAGGUCCGAUUCCUGCGUCGGGUGGGCUCUUCAAACCCGUUGUGGAGCCGGCGUCGAUGACCAAGGAGUGUUUGCGCGCCGCUGCCAGCGCAGUCCGUGCAGGCAUUCUUCGCGCCACCGAACGUGUGUGCUCAUCCGAGCUCGCGCAGGAGGUUCACGACAUUACCAAGGAAGAGGUAGACCGCGGGUGGCUCGAAGGGCCCGUGCCACUUGAGCAACUGAGCGAGACUUGUUCCUUGAGCAGACGGUUCGGAGUUGAGCAGCGGUCCGGUGGGAAGCGCAAAGUCAGGCCCAUCGACAACCUGUCGGAAUCCUUUAUCAACUCGACCGUUUCCCGCACCGAGUCGAUUCAACCUCACGGCUUGGAUGUGGUUUGUGCGGGCAUCGCUUACAGACUUAGGGUCCGUGAGAGGUUCGGCCGUGCCAGCGUGCCAAAACUUAAAAUCAUAGACCUGCAUAAAGCGUAUAAGCAACUCGGCAUUUCCCUUGACGCCAUACAGGAUUCUUUCUUGUGUGUGCCGAACCCGGAGACGGGCAAACCAUCCAUCUACGCCUGCCAUGUACUGCCCUUCGGAUCAUCUGCUUCAGUCGCGGCAUUUUGCCGCAGCACGAUGGGAUUGUGGCACUUAGGGUGCGCUCUGUUGUUGAUCCACUGGACGGUGUUUUACGACGACUUUAUCGUCCUCAACGAGGCGUCGUCCACGAAACACCUUGACAUGGUUCUCAAUUGCUUUUGGGACUUGCUUGGAUGGACCGUGGCACGGGACAAAGAAUCCGAUUUUGAUUACUUUGCGAGAGCUCUUGGAGUCAAAAUUUGCUUUCAGUCCGAGAGAGUCUUCGUGGUGGAGAACACCCCCGAGCGAAAGGCCGAACUUGACGAGACCAUCACGCGCUUACUCGGUCUCGAGUGGGUGGAGCAACAUGAGCUCACAUCGCUGAGGGGGAGGUUGCAGUUCGUUGAGGGUCAGAUCCAUGGGCGCCGAAGCGGCAGGUUCAUGCAGCUUUUGUCGCGGCGCGCAGAUUUCAUUGGGGGGUCCGCCAUGGAUUCCGACUUGCAGGCAGCCCUCACUUUCCUUAAGGAUAGGGUUGUAGGUGCUCCCCCUAGGGUAAUAUCCGCGAGACGUGAGAACGCUUGGUUCAUCUUCACUGAUGCGGCCUACGGUGAUGGCCAAACGAACAGUUGUGGGUUAGGAGGGGUACUGGUUGCACCUGAUGGGAAGCCCAUUAGAUUCUUCAGUUGCUUGUUUAACGACGAUGCACUUGAGGGCCUCAGGUUUGGCGAUGUUCAGAGCCCCAUCUACUUUCUUGAAGGCUUGGCAGUAGUGGUCGCGUUGCACGUGUGGAACAGCCUUGUGCAAGGCUCUGAGGCCGUUUGCUUCGUCGAUAAUGAAGCAGCCAAGUCUGCGUUCAUUGCUGGCAAAUCUCCUUGCGUGCACUUCUCAGCCCUGUCGGAAUGGUUGAGUGAUUGGGAGGAACGUGCCUCCUCGUUCCCAUGGUUCGAAAGGGUGAGCAGUGCUGCGAACAUUGCUGAUGGCCCCUCGCGUGAUGAUUGUAGUCACUUGGCGGGUGUUCGCCGCGACGAGAUUGAUUUGCAGUCCAUCAUUCUCGCUUUGCAGUGCUUCUUGCCAGAGCUCUCAGUCGGCGGUGGGUGA